GACCGCCACACAUCCAGAUGGUCGGGAUGAUAUCCUAAUUUGUGGCGUGUUGUGUGAAGGUGGAAUUCGGCGGCAGGAAUCAGGUUAAACAGCUCUUCUGUUUGUGCUAACUGUCAGUAUAAUAUUAAGUCAAGUAAUCAGCCAGUUUGUAACACUAACGAAUUAACGAUAUUAUAUUAUACUUAGAUUAAGGAUUGGUCUUCGCUGCGCUCUCAACAAGAUACCGCAGGCGUAGUUGCAACGUGCGCCAUCUAAUAUAACGCCCAAGUGGGCGUACUCCAGCCAGUGUCAAACAAUGUGCGUGACGUGUGCAAUUGACGUGCCACAUGUUCUGUUAAACUAAAAAAUAAUACUACAAGAAAUAAUAAAGACACUGGGAUCGCAUAUCCAUCAACUAACGUCAUGGAAUUGGCAGCGAUAUGUGAUCCGGUACUGAUCGGGGAGGGUCCACACUGGGAUGAGAAGCAGCAAUGCCUGUACUUUGUGAGUGUCCUGGAGGGCAGCUUGCAUAAAUACGUUCCUGUUACUGGAGAAAAGACCAAGACUAACAUUGACGGCAGGGUUGGGUUUAUAGUGCCCGUCGAUGGUGCAGUAGACCAGUUCGUGAUUGGUGUCGGAAGAACAUUCCAGAGGGUGGAAUGGAACGGCAGUGAGGGUAGUGAGGUGAAAGUUGUGGAGGUGAUUGGUGAUGUAGACCAGGGUGUGGCCGCGCCGACCGCGAUCAAUGAUGGGAAGGCUGAUCCCAGGGGCAGGCUGUUUGGAGGUACGAUGAAUGUCAACUGGGAGAAUAGCCCACAUCGGCAUGGCUCGCUAUAUCGCAUAGACAACAACAACAUUUAUAAGUUAUGUGAUAACAUUCAGUUGUCUAACGGACUUGCCUGGGACCUGAGGGAGAAGGCCAUGUACUACACAGACUCCACCGAACGGAAGAUAAGAAGAUAUGAUUAUGACGUUGACACUGGAGACAUUUCAAACAAGCAAUUCAUUUUCGAUUUCGAAAAGAACCACAUAGGGGGAAUGCCUGACGGAAUAACCAUAGACAGUGACGGGAACUUAUGGAUUGCAGUAUUCAAUGGAUCUUGUGUUAUUAAAAUUGACCCCAGAAGUGGAAAGCUGUUACAGAAGAUUCCAAUUCCAGCAAAACAAGUCACAUCUGUGAUAUUUGGUGGACAACAUUAUGAUGUGUUGUUUGUUACCUCGGCGAGACUUCGGGCCGGAGGACCUCAGUGUGGAUGUACCUUUACGAUCACAGGUUUGGGUGUUAAGGGUCUUCCCGGAUAUAAAUACAAAAUUGUAUAAUUUAUUAAAAGUAUGUUGGGUAUGAAGUGGUGUUUCAGGUCUUAUUAGAUUUAAAAAUAUAAAUAUCAAGUAAUUUCA